AUGGAUAAAUUUAAGGCUGCGCUUGUUCUGGCUGGGGUAGGGGAUGCUCUCGGUUAUCGCAAUUUCUCCCGUGAAAACAAUGCCUUAGGUGCAAAAAUCCAGCAGGAGCUGAAGGAAAUUGGAGGGCUUGAGAACCUGGUGCUGUCUCCCGACAAGUGGCCAGUAAGUGACAACACGCUCAUGCACAUGGCUACAGCUGAGGCUGUCAUCACAGAUUACUGGUGUUUAGAAGACCUGUACCGGGAGUUGGUGAAGCGCUAUGUGGAUGCUGUGGACAAGCUGUCGGGCAGGCGGCCGGACCCCGCCACCAUCGAAGGCUGCAGGGAGCUAAAACCUGACAACCACCUUCUGGCUUGGCACACACCCUUCAACGAAAAGGGUUCUGGAUUUGGAGCUUCCACAAAAGCCAUGUGUUUAGGGAUGCGAUACUGGAAGCCAGAAAGGCUGGAGACACUUAUUGAAGUGAGCAUUGAAUGUGGACGAAUGACUCAUAACCAUCCCACAGGUUUUCUAGGGUCCCUCUGCACAGCCCUCUUUGUGGCAUACGCAAUACAAGGGAAACCCCUGGCGCAGUGGGGAAGAGAGAUGAUGAAGAUUGUGCCAAUGGCUGAAGAAUACUGCAAGAAGACCAUUCGUCACAUGGCAGAAUACCAAGAGCACUGGUUUUACUUUGAAGCCAAGUGGCAGUUUUAUUUGGAGGAGAGAGAAAUCAAUGAGGAAAAUCAGAAUCAACCUGUCUUUCCAGCCAAUUAUGAUGCAGAGGAGAGAGAAAAGACGUACCGGCGGUGGAGCUCCGAAGGCCGCGGGGGACGGCGAGGCCACGACGCCCCCAUGAUCGCCUACGACGCCCUGAUGGGCUGUGGUGGGGACUGGACAGAGCUCUGCAACCGCUCCAUGUUCCACGGAGGGGAGAGCGCGGCCACCGGGUCCAUCGCCGGCUGCCUGUUCGGGCUGGUGUACGGCCUGAGCAAGGUGCCCAAGGGCUUGUACCAGGACCUGGAACAAAGGGAGAGGCUCGAGUUCUUGGGCGAGAACCUUUACCGACUAUCCAUGGAGGAAAAGUAAAGCAGUUUCUGCCAUUUUCUCUUUCUAUAAAGACUAUAUCAAACCCUGUAGAUAUCUGACUGGCGUUCACA